CUGGCUGUAUAUGCAUUUCCAAAAUAUGAUGCCGCUCUUUUUAACAAGUGGAUCGAGCAAGUGCGAAAUCCAGUUUUGGACAAUAAAAGCCGAGAACAAAUUUAUAAGACAUUUGGUGUGGGACUUACGUUUUUUGGAAAGCGAUAAAGUGCCUGGAACAAAGGGAGGUCUUAAAAGAACAGCUUCUAGUAAAUUACAUCUUCCUGAACUUCAAUCUUCAAGUAUGGUUUCGGAAAAUGUUUAGAGUAGUCCCGAAACUCAUGAAGGGAGUAUAGAAUUUUCAGAUUGUAAAUUUACAUGGUACAUCG